AUGUCUGCCGGCAAAGCGAAAGUGACCUCUACCGGGCCUCUGCCCGACAGCGAAGCCGCCUGGGUCAAGCUCGUCAAGAUCAACUACGCCGAUCAGAAUGGCAAGGCCCGCACCUGGGAAUCCGCGGAGCGCCGCACUCGACCCAAGGGCGGCGAAAUCGACGGCGUCGGUAUCGUCGCCAUCCUAGAGAAGCCUACCGGCCCGGAGAUCAUUCUCCAGAAGCAGUACCGCCCGCCAAUCGACAAGAUCACCAUCGAGGUGCCCGCAGGCUUGGUCGACGAAGGCGAGACGGCCGAGCAGGCUGCCGUUCGGGAGCUGAAGGAGGAGACUGGCUAUGUUGGUGUCGCGUCCGAGACGUCGCCUAUCAUGUUCAAUGACCCCGGCUUCUGCAACACCAACCUUCGCAUGGUCCACGUCACGAUCGACGCCACUCUCCCAGAGAACCAGGAGUUGAAGCCUGAGCUGGAGGAGAACGAGUUCAUCGAGGUCUUCACCGUGCCUCUGUCCAACUUCUGGGCUGAGUGCGUCCGCCUCGAGAAGGAGGGCUAUGCGGUUGAUGCCCGCGUCGGCACGAUAGCAGAGGGCAUCGAGCUAGCCAAGAAAUUCAAGCUGUGA